CAUCAACACAACGUCAACAACAAAAGCAGCAGCAACAACAGCGAUGGAGGAGCCGCCUUGGGAUCCUCGCCGUUUGACGUCUCUCGAGGACAUCAGGGAGGCGUAUGAGAGGCUGUGCAAGGAGGAGGUUGCAGUUGCCGAACGCCUGGAAUGGAGUGUUGGCAACCGUCAUCAUCUCGAAGCAAGGCUUUCUCAGUUGGCAAGAUUAGUUCCAACACUUCAGUUAGUCCAGGCUGAUGCAAGACAGCUGGAAAAUACCAUUUCAUUUACUCAUCAGUUAGCUAAUAAUGUGUCUGCCAAAGUGAGGCAGUUGGAUUUAGCUAAGAGUCGUGUUGUGGAGACUCAGAAGAGAGUGGGGGAUUUGUUAGAUCUAGAAGGGUGCAGUGGUGGUGUAGCCACUGCUCUGGCUCAGGAGGAUUAUGAAACUGCAGCAGCACAUAUUCAUAGAUUCUUGGCUAUGGAUGAGACCCUUUUACUUCACACAACUGAUUCUUCUAGUAAGGCUGAAAGUGUGGAGACCUGGUUCGACCGGUUACGGCAAGCUGAGAGAGAACUCAAUGCACUCAUAACAAGAAAGUUUGAUGAUGCAGUCAAAAGUGAAGAUAUGGCUAGUGUUGAUAGAUUCUUCAAGCUUUUCCCUCUUUUAAAUAAGCAUGAUGAAGGACUAAAGAAAUUUACUACAUACCUAUGUGUAAAGAUUCAGGAGUCCACAGCACAGCACCUGAAUGCAGCACAAACCCAGGGGCCAAGAGAGAAGCGAUCUCAUGUCAUUUGGGCUGAUACCAUUACCCUGCUCUUUGAAGGCAUAGCAAGGACAAUUGAAGUCAGGCAGCCCAUUAUUGAAACUUAUUAUGGUCCUGGACACUUGGCACUGGUGGUGGAGAUGCUUCAAAGGGAAUGUGACAGGCAGGCAGGUCGCAUUGUAGGGGAGAUGAGGAAACACAGAAGACUGGAUGCUGUUGUGAACUCUGUUCGUGAUUCUUUAAGAGUUAGUGGGGGCAAGGAACUACGAGCUGAUCUCCCUGAUCCCAGAGACCUCGAUACUCUCCUAGGUGAACUGACACUCAUGAAUGCUCGUGCUGAACUCUAUCUUAGAUUUAUCAGAAGAAGAGUUGCUGCUGACUUUGAAGCUUCCAUUGUUGACAAAGAGGAAAGAGAAAAGCAUGAAUCCGUCUUUGAAGGGAGGCUGUCUCGCUCUCAGCUGGUCUGUGAUAUGGCUAUUAUUGUGGGAGAUUACACAAUCCUCGAACAAUUUUACUUGAACGAGUCUUUCAAGAAAGCCCUGGCUAUGGAUACCAUUGAGGAAGGAGCCAAAACAUCAUCAUUGGUGGAUGAUGCUUUCUAUAUUAUCAAGAAGAGUGUGAGACGAGCAAUUGCAUCAAGCAGUGUUGAUGGUGUGUGUGCAAUGCUGAAUCAUUCUGUGACCUUAAUUGAGACACAGCUGGCUGGUGGAUUUAACCAGACAUUGAGGAAAGGUUUCCCUGCUCAGGGUUAUUUGGAUUUAAAUCAAGCUUACACAGUUUUGCAGUCAUCCCUCCAGUCCACUCUCCAGGCUGGCAAAAUCAACCCAUCUUCCACAGAUUCGGAUGCUCUUAGACAAGCUUUCUUGACUGCACUUAAUAAUGCUGAAACAAGUAUGCGUCAUGUUAGAAGCCUGCAUCAAACUCUUGAGGAAAACAUUACUAGUGCCAUGGUAGCGUUGACACCAACAGCCAGAGCAAAGCUGGAAUCUUGCUUAAAUGACCUAAAAGGUACAACAGGAAAACUUGGAAUGGUUGGUGAAUUUGGCAUAUCACAGCUUAGAGCCACGGCAAUAAAGCCUCGAGUCAAACCCUGGGUUGAUACAUUUACAAUAACUUCUCAUGAUAUUUCUGAGGAUGAAUUUGCAUGCUAUGAGGCCAAUGACCCAUUCAGCCAGACUUUAAUGGUCCAAGUGGAUGGGCUGCUUGGCUCCUUCCUUCCAUUGCUGACAGAGGAGAACUACAAGUCCUUAGUCUCUGUCCUUGUAGCAGAAGUUGCAGCACAGCUGGAGAAGGCAAUUAUGAAGUCAACAUUCAACAGAUUAGGAGGAUUGCAGCUUGACCGUGAAGUGCGAGCCAUUGUUGGAUAUUUGUCCCAAGUCUCAGAAUGGAGUGUGAGGGAACAGCUGACCAGACUGACUCAGAUGGCAACUCUACUCAACUUAGAAAACUUAGCAGAAGUUUCAGAAUACUCGACCACAACCACGUGGAGACUAACACCUUCAGAAAUGAGAAAAGUCUUGCAGCUUAGGUAAGGAAAUCAUGUAUAUGCUAACAUGGCAAAGAGUCCAUUAGAUUUACUUUAUUUCAUCAUAAGAUGC